AUUCGAACCACUUUAGGAAUUCCUGCCCAUAAAUAUGGAUGAAGAUCGAACACCAUCUUCAUCAUGAAACAGAAAAAAAUGGGGAACUGCAGCUUGAGAAGUAUCUACGGUAGGGAAGACGAUCCAGUUCGGAUCAUGACGGACUCCGGCGGCAUCAUGCAGCUUAGAGGCCCAAUUUCCGUCGACUCCGUUGUAAAGGACUUCCCCGGAUAUGGCAUUUCCCGGCAAGGGGACGUCUUGGAGCCUUUGCGCCCAAGCGAUCAGCUGCUUAAUGGAUGCUCGUACUAUCUCUUUCCACACACGAUUGAGCCAAAGGAUGACGUAUCGAUUGUACCGGUGCUAGAGCAAACUGUGCCGGAGGACCCAGAAACGGCCUCGGAGCCAGUGGCCGAGAGUCCACCCGAGCCCACCGUGGAGGUCUUGCCUCCAAAGUGGGAGGGAGUGUGGAGGGUCAAGUUGGUGGUUAGCCCUGAGCAACUGGCUGAGAUAUUCUCCCAGCAGGCCAAUACAGAGGCGAUGAUUGAGAAAAUGAGAAUGGCGGCUAAGGCCGGACCGUCCGGCGAAGGCCAACUGAGCCGCAGUAGCUCCCGGAGGAGCAUAAAGUCACUGAUUUCCGGCAAUUCGGGCGCUGGUGGCGGCUAGUUCAAGCUGUGGAAUUUGGUGUUUCCUCUUUAGGCUUUGGCCGGCCGGCCGGGGAGCACAAAUGCAUGCCAUUAACUGCGGCCUACUUUGUACUCUUUAAUCAUUCCAGUACUCAUCUUAUACGCUAACCGCAGCUAGCACAUGAACAGUGCUGAUGCUCUCAUAAUAGUUCCAACCAACAUGCCUCUUCUGUUCAUGUGCUCAUGAACAUCAUCAUCGGCAUCACCGUGAUCAUCAGCAUUGUCAUCUUGUUGUAUCAUGUACCGCCAGGUUUCCCUUGUGAAUAUGAUGUUGAAUUUAUUAUUCCUCCA